AUGGCCAUCACUCGGGUUGCUCUUGCAGGAGGAACCGGCAAUCUCGGCCCGGCAAUUGUCAGGGAACUCUUGAAUGCUGACUUUCAAGUCACCGUCCUUGGUCGUUCAGCUUCCAGUCAAGUAGAUGUGCGUGCCCAGGUUCAAGUGGUGGAUUUCAACUCUCUAGACUCGCUGGUCAACGCGCUAAAGGGACAUGAUGCAUUCGUCAAUGUGCUAGGAGUUGGCGUCAUUCCUCUGGACAUCCAUCUCCGUAUCGUGGAGGCGGCUCAUGCAGCUGGAAUUCAGCGGUUCAUUCCAUCUGAAUUUGGUUGCGACACGGCCAACCCCAACACUGCUCGACUCCCGGCCUUCAGUGACAAGAUUACUUUGGUCAAGCGACUCGAAGAGCUCUCCAAGAAAGACAGGAACUUUACCUACACUGCAAUUAUUACUGGGCCAUUCCUCGAUUGGGGUAUCAGGCAUGGAUUGCUGGUCAACCUCCAAGGGCCCACCACGAUUUACGAUGGUGGUGACGUCCCUGUGAGUACCAACACUCUCGCGGGUGUAGGCCGUGCGGUGGUUGGGACUCUCAAGCACGCAGAGGAGACCAAGAACCGCCAUGUCUAUGCGGAAGAGGCCAGGGUGACGCAGAACCAGUUGCUUAAUUGGUCUGGGAAGAAUGAUCAGAUUGAGCGAGUUUUUGUCAAAACUGAAGACUUGGAGCGGGAAGGCUUCGAAGCUUUUCAUCAGUCCUCGGAGGAUUGGAAGGAAUACGCUGCCAAGCUCAUCAGACGCGCGGUCUUUGGAGGGAAUUUUGGAACGGCAUUCACCAAAGUGGAUAAUGAAGUCCUCGGCCUCUCAAAGCUGUCUGAGCCAGACCUUAUCCGUCUCGUGAAGGAAUAG